ACAAAAUAUCGUAUCAUCGAUAGUUGUCAUCGAUGUUUCGCCACCUCUAGUCCGGCAGUCUAUCGCCCGUCGAUUUUCUGAAGUUUUUCUCUCCUACCAAAACCAACACAAGUGUUUUUUUAUGUUUUAAAAAAAACAUACGAAAAGCGAAAUCAAUCACUGCUAACAUUACGAGCUUAGCAAACGAAAUUGAGACAAACAAACCUCAACAGCACAGUCGCCAAACGAUGUAAAAACAAUGCUUAAAAACGAAACGGGCCAACAACAACGAGCAGCGAGCAGCAGCAGCUACAGCGAACAACAGACAAAAAGACUCACAUACACACACUAACGCGCAAGAAACGCAAAAAGAAACGAGAAAAAAAUAAAAUCAAAAAAGAGAAAAAAAAGGAAAAGCAGCAGCAGCAGCAAAUUUAUGCGAAAAGAAAUAGCAAGAGAGAGAGAGGGAGACAGAGGUGCGUGCUAUGCUGCUGCCUGAUACCAAUAAGAAGAGUUCUGCAAUCAGUUUAAAGUCAACACAAGAGCUGGGAUUCCAAUUGGAACUUGUCAGCAGCAGCAAAAACAACAACAAUACAAACGUAUUCAAGCUGCGUUGUCGUUGCCUAUUACAAUUUUAGAGUGUGAGUGUGUGGCCUCUGAUUGUUUUCUAUUGUGCGUGCGUGCGUAUCUUGCUUGUUGCUGCAAGGGGGCGGGGUGGGCGACAAGUUGCAGUGAAAUCGCUGAUCUGCAAAUACAACAACAACAAUAAGAAGGCGGCAAACAACAAACCAACUUGGCUUUUGAUGCGGAUGCGGCAAAUCGUUUAGCAACAGCAGGAGCAGCAAGCACUGGCCAUGCUCCCCAUCAGCGAGGAGCAGCACGUUGACAAUGGCAACAACAACAAUCAGAAACAACUGCAACUGCAACAACAACAACAGCAACACAUUCUCAAUGCCGAUGAUGCGGCCGCCAAUGGUCUGGUGGUGGAUGAGGAUGCCGCAUUGGCAGCGGACGCCAGCCUCUGGACCGCAUUGUAUGACUAUAAUGCCCAAGGCGAGGAUGAGUUGACGCUGCGUCGCGGUCAAAUUGUUGUGGUGCUCUCCACGGACAGCGAAGUCUCUGGCGAUGUGGGCUGGUGGACGGGCAAGAUCGGUGAUAAGGUUGGAGUCUUUCCGCGCAACUUUGUGACGGACACGGAUCCCAUGCAGUUGCCGCAUGAAAUUGAAUACAAGGAGCUGGACAUCAAAGAGGUCAUUGGUUCCGGUGGCUUUUGUAAAGUGCAUCGCGGCUACUACGACAACGAGGAGGUGGCCAUUAAGAUUGCCCAUCAGACCGGCGACGAUGACAUGCAACGUAUGCGUGAUAAUGUGCUGCAGGAGGCGAAACUCUUUUGGCCAUUGAAACAUCGCAAUAUUGCCGCAUUGCGUGGCGUCUGUUUGCGCACGAAACUGUGUCUGGUCAUGGAAUAUGCACGCGGUGGCAGUUUAAAUCGCAUUCUUGCCGCUGGCAAGAUACCACCAAAUGUCUUAGUGGAUUGGGCCAUACAAAUUGCACGCGGCAUGAAUUACUUGCAUAGCGAGGCGCCGAUGUCGAUCAUCCAUCGCGACCUGAAGUCAUCCAAUGUGCUCAUCUACGAAGCCAUCGAGGGCAAUCAAUUAUAUCACAAAACGCUGAAGAUCACCGAUUUUGGACUGGCACGCGAAAUGUACAACACACAGUGUAUGAGUGCGGCGGGCACAUAUGCCUGGAUGCCGCCCGAAGUCAUCAGCCGGAGCAUGUACUCCAAAUCCUCGGAUGUGUGGAGCUAUGGGGUGCUCUUGUGGGAACUUAUCACUGGCGAGACGCCGUAUAAAGGUUUCGAUCCGCUCUCCGUGGCGUAUGGCGUUGCUGUCAACACGUUAACGUUGCCCAUACCAAAAACCUGCCCCGAAACGUGGGGCGCACUCAUGAAGAGCUGUUGGGAAAGUGAUCCGCAUCGAAGGCCCGAUUUCAAGAAGAUUAUCGAGCAGCUCGAGAGCAGCGCUUGUUCGUUGUUUACGCUGACGCCGCAGGAAUCGUUUCAUCAGCAGCAGGAGCUAUGGAAAAAGGAGAUUGCCGAGGUGCUACACGAUUUGCGCGAAAAAGAAAAGGAACUGCGCAACAAGGAGGAGCAACUGGUGUUGAUGCAAAAGAAGCAGGUGGAGAAGGCCAACAAGUUGCAUCAGCUCGAGGAGCAGCUGCGACAGCGUGAGAUCAACAUACUUGGACGCGAGCUCAUCAUGCAGCAGGUGCAGCCGGUGCCAUCGAAACGCAAGCCCAAAAAGAUCAAGAAGAAAGCACAGAUCUCACUGCCCACGGGUUUUCGGCACACAAUUACGGCUGUCUGCGAUAAAGUGGAGCCUCCUGGUUCGCCCUCGCUCUCCGGAUUGCGCAUUGUAGCACUGACUGAUGGGCACAAGAACAAGACGUGGGGACCGUCGACAAUGCAUCAGCGUGAGCGGUCAUUGCUGCCGCCCCAGCUCGGUGGCCAGGCGCCCGAAUGGCCACCGCAAAGCUCAACGCACUCAUCAUUCAGCAAAAGUGCGCCUAAUCUCGACAAGAAGCAACUGACACCGGUUGCUGCCAAUGGGGGAGCGAUGAUGAUGGUGCCACAUACCUUGGUGGGCAGCUCCAAUGUGGGCAGCAUUGCUGUUGGUUCAGGAGGAGUAGGAGUCGGAGUCGGUGGAGUAGGAGGAGGAGGAGGCGGUGGAUCGGCGCCAACAACACCAAUGUAUUUGGGUGGCAGUGUGGCGGCCAUUGGAGCGGUGGGUGCUGGUGUGGCGACAGGCUAUCAGGGCAACAACGGCAAGGACGAUUGGCGCUCGGGGGCAACCAACAUGCCGAUCAUGUCACCAUCGCCGUAUCUCCUCAGUCGCUUCACCACCAACGUCCCGCUGCCCACCUUAUACGCGGGCGACGCGGCUCGAAAGCCCAAGUUGUCGGUGAUUGAACUGCUGCUGUACAACAUGGCAUCGCUUCUCGCAGGCGUCGCCGCCGGCUACGAUGUGCGCAUGUCCAACGUGUCACCGGUGCAUCCCACGCUGCUCAGCGAGUUGCCUGCACUGAAGGCGGCACCCAAGGCGCCGUGUCUGGAGUUGCAGGAGCAGGAGCAGCAACAAUCGCUGUUAGAGUCGCAGUCGCAGGCGCUGACACGGCAGGAGGAGCAUGACGAGCAGCAAGUGGAUGGAACAACUAGGCAGCUCAAUCAAAUAUCAAAUGCGCCAAGAUAUGCGCCGCUGUCGGAUGCGUUGAUGACGACGUCGUCACAGAAGCCACAGAACUUGGCGCAACGUCGCGUUGGCGGCAGCCAACCGUAUUACACGCCCGUGCAACGCACGCCGCAGCAUCAGUUGCACCAGCAACAGACGCAAACGCAGUCGCAACAGCAACAACAACAACAACAGCAACAGCUAGUGACUGCCACUGUGGCAGGACAAGUUGGUGCCGCCGCUGUGAUGGCGCCACAGACUGUGGCUGCACUUUAUGCCGGCUCCCAGCCGCCGACGCCGUCGCCACGUCGUAAGCUGAGCAGCAGCAGUUGCAACAAUCCAACCACAACAACAACAACGGGUGGCGGUGGCGGUGGCAAUGACGGCGUCUUCGAGGAGUUUCGCGUGGGCGGCGGCAUUGGACCGCCGCCGCUUUAUGCGCCCGCCGAUUAUCUGCGCAACGGACCCAGUUAUUCCAACGAUGGCGGCGGCGGUGGCUAUCGCAAUGGUUACUUUGGUUCGAAUUAUUUUCCCUAUCGGCCGGAGCUGAACUUUACGUACGAACGCGAUUGUAAAUCGUAUCCGGAUUACAGCUACGAUUACAAUCAUCGGCUGCCGGAUUACUACGACUAUCAUCAUCAUCACCAUCACCAGCAGCAACAGCAGCAGCAACAGUAUGAGGCAGCGUCAGCAGCUGUUGUUGUGCCACUGCAGACGCGCACGCCGCCACCACGGGUGCCACAAAUGGGCGUAACAGCGGGGGGACAUCGACGCACACCGUCAACGGUGUCGAACAAUUCGAAUGUGCUGCUGGAGCAUGAGGAGCUGAUGUACGAUUACAACAAUCUCAAUUUGAAUGUGCAGCUAAAUGUGGAUUACGAUGGCAGCGGCGGUGGUGGAGGUGGUGGAGGGGACACAACCAGUUUGCCACCACCAACUGUGGCAACAGCCGCAACGCUUAGCAAACAAGAUUUGUAUGCGAUUGGUUCGCCUAAGCUCAUCAAUCGGAUGUUGCACAGUCCGCUGGCCAAAAGUAAAUAUGCGCCCGUGACGCGACCAGCGAGUUUGCCCUUUGAGCAGCAUGCACUCAGCUAUCAGCAACAGCAGCAACAACAGUUGCCACCACAACAACAGCAACAACAGCAGCAGCAGCAACCACAACAACAACAAUUGCAACUGCAACCUGGCAAACUGCGCAGCUCGAUGAAAAAGUACAACAGCAAUGGGGGCAGCAGCAUCUCAUCGCAGCAGGGCACGCCCACAAAUCCCACGCCGCCGGAUUCAUUGACCAGCGACGAUAGUUCGUAUCUGAGUGCGAAGGAAGGUUCGAUUGGUUCGCAGCACAGUCGCGUUCGCUUCAGUCCCGAGGCGUAUCUCGAUGCCAAUUUGCCGCUGCUGCCACGUCGCAUGACCACUACGUCACCCAGCAGCAGCAGCAGCAAUCCGGCAAUCCAACAGCAACAGCAGCAACAUCAACAUCAACGACAUCAUCGUCAUCAUGGCUCCAGCGCCAGCACACCAUCGCCAUCGGCCUCGUCGUCAUCCUAGCAGGCGCGUCUGGCGCUAACUUUGCAGUUGGCGCGUAGCCCGGGCGCAGACGUCGUUGGCGUCGCUGGUGUCGGUGGUGGCGGCGGUGUUGGUGGCGCCUCCAGUUUGGCACUGGGUCUGGCGUUGCAUCAGCAGCGGGUGCCCUAUCGCUGGUAUUCGGGUGCAAGGCGAUCGCGGUCCGCACACUACGAGUAUCGACUCUGAGCGGCGAGGAAGCGUUAGCAACGGGAGCGACGGAGCAGAGCGGGAGAGAGAGUGGACUACAGCGAUAAAGACAGAGAGAGGGAGAGAUAGAAAGAGAGAUAGAUAGAUAGAAAGAGGAAAACAGAAAGAAAGAGAGAGAAAGACAGUGAGAGAGAAAUAUAGAGAGAUAGGAGAUGUAGAAAGAGAGUGAGAUAGAAAGAAAAAGAUGAAAAGAGAGGGAUAUAGAAAGGGAGAGACGGCAAUAGAAUGAUCGAGACAGAGAUCUAUAUAUAGAGAGAGAGAGAGAGAGGUCAAUAGCGUGAUUGAGAAAGAGAGUGCGACUGGCAGAGAGCGAGCAAAUUUUUUGUAUAGUACAUUUUAUACCUCAAGCAAGCGUACAUUAGAGCGAGAGCGAGAGCGACAGAGAGUGAGAGAGAGAUGGAGAUGUAGAUGUAGAAUCAACAUUGUAAAUGUAGAGGGAACACCGAAGUUCUCUGGCAGCAACAACAAAUUUCUAAAGGUUUUUCAAUUCCGUUAGUUCGCCAGCGUUCUGCAAAAGUUUCCUAAUUUUUUUGCUACUAGCAAAUAUUCAAUGUCUUUCUGCUCCACAUCCCAACGUAACUUUCCAUAAAAAUCGCCAUUUUGUUGCAACAUAACCUCACUUUUGCUAUAUCCAAGCUGUCCAGAGACUUCUACUUCAGCCAAUGUGCGUCUGUACAUACAUAUAUAAUAAUAUUAAUGAAUUACAAAAGUAUGUUCAGUUGAAUUCGACAUAUAUACAACCAGUACAUAAGUAUAUAUAUACUGUAUAGUAUAGAAGACAUAUGCGAUUUGUAUAUUGUAGCCCUCAAGUUGUUCACACGCAAAAUAUAAUGUACGAAUAUUAAACGUAUUGUAUAAGUUUAUGCUACAGUUACAUACUAUAUAGACACAUACAUAUAUAUAUAUUGCCAUCCCCGACUUGUGCGAUUUGCCUUAAAUAUAUAGCGUGAGAAUUAACAAGAUAUAUAUGAUAUGUGGUGUGUGUGCAUGAAUAACCCACGAAUAUCCCCCUCUCCUCGGGCGAAAUACUCAAAAACAAAACAACAGCAUCAACAAAAAAAGCCUUAUACAUAUAUGCCGAUACAUCUCCGACUGUCUCCAAAUGCGUUACGCCUCAAGCCACGCCCCUCGAACAACAAUAAUAUAGGAGAGAACUAAAAUGAAAAAGAAGAUAGCUAGAUAGCGAGAGAGAGAGAAAGCAAAUAACAACAACAAACACACCAAUAACUCCAUUUUUAAGUCUGAACAAAUUAACGUUUAUAUAAAGAUCUAGAAAUACAUAUAUAUACAAAUAUAAAUAUAAUAUAGAAUGUAUAACAAUGAUAUAUAUGUAGCUCGAUAUAGAAACGCGUUGCUAACAAACAAGAAAAAAAACAAAACAAAAGAAAUACAAGAAACCCUUAGAUCUAGGUUGAUUAAACUAUAAUACUAACCCUAUACAGAUAUUUAUAUAUAUAUAUAUAUAUACAUAUAGAAAUCCUGCAGUAUAUAAAUAUAAAGAAAUUUGCAAGUUUCCGAGAGAAAAAAACAAAAACAUUCAUAUAAUAUUAUCAAAUUUUUGACUACUACAAAAUACAUCCCAAAUACGCGUGUAUGUAUAUACUAUAUAUAACUCUGUACAACUGUAUAUCCCGAUAUGUAACUAUAUAAUGCUUAUACACAUUUACUUAAUUGCAAUUCAAUUGGUUUGAUCGAGGCGACAUAAGCGACAUCAAGUGGAGAGAGAAUGUCACACCAAUUUUUUUCCAAUGUGAUAAAAAAAAAACACAAGAACUGCAUUUUUCUCUAUAGGUUUUUUUUCCAUGCUUUAUAGUCAAAAUGUUGUACCUUGUAGUCCCAAGGAAGACUAUAAUAGAACUGAUUGUCUGUCGGUCUUCCCAAUCUCUAAACGAGAUAUUUCAAAUAGAGCUUUCUUUUUUAACUAAAUUUCAUGCGAAUGUGACAUCUCUGAACGCUAGAUGGCGCUGCUCUAGCGUCGAAUAAAACUCGAGAGAUAUUGUAUGUUUUUUGAAAUGCUUGUUCUCUAGUUUUCAUAUGUUGUAUCGAAUUGAAUUGUUUGCCAAAAAAAAAAAAUACAACGUCAACUAACUAUUUAAACUAAACCUAAUAACAAUUACUAUUAUCA